AUGAAGGUCAGAUAUUUCAAGCGCCAAUGUUUCCUCCCGCUUUGUCUACCUAUAUUUAGAAGAUGGACAUUCGGACUUGUGGUGCUGACCACUUUAUCUCUGGUUCCAAUAGCAGUGGCCAAAGAGGAUUUGUUCGAUUAUUUAAUUCAAUAUGACCGAUCGUCAAGUGAUGUCGUUCGGGUCAGCGUUCUUCUGCCAAAGAAUUCCCUAUACCUGGGAGCGAUCCCUCGAGUUGGACCAGCAAUUGAACUGGCUAUCCACUGGAUUGAAAAUCGGGGACUUUUACCGGGAUGGCGCUGGCAAGUGGAGUAUGGUGACACCAAGUGCAGCACCGCCUAUGGUCCCAUGCGUGCCUUUAAGGCUUUCAUCGAGGACCGGGUACAUGUUUUCUUUGGUCCGAUGUGUGACUAUGUUAUUGCUCCCAUCGCUCGACUUCUUAAAUUCUGGAACGUGCCAAUGUUGACUGCAGGAGCCCUGGCUCGAGAUUAUGGAUUGGAUAAGACCAUGUUCGACAAUGAAUUUUAUUUACUAACACGAACAGGCCUUUCUUUCAAUGGGGCCACGUCCUUCUUAUUGGCCGUGUUCAAUCGUUUUGGUUGGCAGAACCUGUUAGUAAUGUACGAAGAACUGGCUCGACCGGAAAUUGCUGAAGAAGACUAUUGCGUUCUGUGGACGAAGGCCCUGGUUUCGGAGCUCCGUCUGCUUGGCAACUUUACCUUCCAUACGUACAAGCUGAAAAGUAACCUAACAGAAGCCGAAUCGUUAAAAGUCCUGAGGAAGGAAGUAGGAACGACGUACGGAG